AUGGAUAGGAAGAGGAAAAAUCCUAAUGAUUUUCUCUCUAAUGUUCGCUUUGAAGCAAGUGGUGAUUCUGAAGCUGAUUCUGAUCCUAAUCCUAACAUAGAUUGUGAAAAGGCCAAAUCAUUAUAUGAUGAUGAUAAUGAUGAUGCUUUAUCUUGCAAUGGAUCUGCUGUUGAUGAAGUUAACAAUGUUGAGCAGCAUGAUCAGCCAUGGUGUGAUGAUGAUGAUAAUGAGAAGAGACUAGAUGAACAUGAGGAGAAAGAUGUUGUUUAUGGAAAAUCAUAUUGUGCUGAAGAUGAUGAUGAAGAUGAAGUGCAUGGUCGAUGGUUUCGAAAGAAGAAAUCGUGUGUGUCUUUUGAUUUAGGUGGAGAUUCGGUGGAUGAGAAUGAAAAGAACAGGCGGUUUUGGGAAGCUUGUAUGGCGUCUUGA